AUGCCAUGCUUGACAAAGGCUGGUCACCUGACCCCAAGUGCUAUGAUGAGCACCACUUCACCACUCAUCACUGUCCUCCAGCAGGCACAAAGGGUGAGUGAGAGUGAGACUGAGGGCACAACCCCUGAUGGUGAGGAUGAGCCCCUGCCCAGGCAGAAGUACAACAUUGCCAAUGUCAAUCAGGCAAUCAAGUUGAGCAAGUGUGUCUGGACCGACUCUGCCAAGAAGAACCACUGGACUUGGGCCCAGGCGACCUCCAAUCCUGCUCUUGCCACAGCUAUCAUGAAGUGGCAAUUGAAGCACCACCUCCAACUGCGUGCCACUGCAGUGAACACUGUGGAGAACAAACUGAAGCAAGAGAUCCACUCACUCACCCAACAGCUCAAACUGCUGUGGGAGAAGCUAAGCGUGCAGGAGGGCACAGAACUGAAGCUGGGUGGCCACAGCAAGAGGAAGCAUUCUGGUCUGCCCAAGGACCAGCAUGAGAAGAAGAGAAAGCCCAACCAGGGACAGCUGGUGCACAAGAUGUGCUUGGACACCCACCUCACAACUUGCACAAAGUGUGGACUUGACCUCCUGCAUGGUGUGCAGUGCAUCAUGUGCAUGUCACAUCACAAGCUCUACAGCGAACAGCUCUGCCUCAGCUGCUUCCAGGAGACCGCUACAACCAGCACUGAGCACGCCAGGCACAUCUGGCAGAUUGUCUACCUUCCAAGUGACUUUGAGGUUGUGCAGGCGGCCCUCCUCAACUGGAUCCCUCAUCACCUUCACUGCUUGGUUCCCACGGCUGAGUAG